UCAUGUCGGUAAUCACAAUCAGAAUCUGCAUAAGGAACAGGGAUUAGUGAUAUCACUGGGUUGAGUGUUACUAAUCACCUGCCUGUGGAUGCCCCCUUUGGCGUGUAUCCUAUUCUCUGAGCUCAAACUCAGCUGAAUGCCUGGAUUCUGUUCACACAGCGGCAGCGCAGAGUGAGACACACACUCAGAGACACACUUAGAGACAUGACGGUGUGAAUGAGUGGGGGGGGAGUAAAAGAGAGAACGCUGUACUAGGAAAAAGUAAUAGCAGGUUUUCUUUUUCAUCUCGUUGGCGUUAGGUUGAAGGGGGGAAAGAGUGCGAGAUUACACCAUAUCCGGGCGAAAGUGAGUAAGAGUGAAAAGAAAAAGGGAGCGUACCCUGUCAUUUCUCGAAGCCGCUGGCCAAACUCCUCAGCCCGGUUCAAGCUGUUUCUCCGACUGCGCAGUUCCUCGAUCGACUCGGCAGAUUUUGGUCGCCUGUUCGCACACUGCAGAGGUGUACACUUCUCUACAAAAGGUGUGCAUUUGGCCAGGUUUUAGUUCAGAGUAAACCGGGACUCCAGUUUGAUUUGGAGUAACUUCAGUUUUUUGAAGAGGUCUCGAUGGUCUGCUUUUCAUGCAGAAAGCACGUGCACUAAAUUGACAAGUCUCUUGAUUGCAUGCCCGCGCGCAGAGGAUCCGAUCUGUCUGGAGUUUGAAAUCGCGCGCGCGGAGGAAAAAAAAAAAAAGGCAAAAACUUCUGUCUUUUUUCGCAAACGGCCGUGCGUCGAGAGCAAGCCUCCUGAGGGACGAUGUUGCGGCUGUUCGUGGCUUGGAGCACGCUCGUGGCUCUGUGCGUGAUGGUGGAGGGAGCGCGCGGCGGCGGGUACGGCAUGAGCAUGUUCGCCGCGCAGUCCUCCCCGCCCGACCCGUGCUACGACGAGAACGGCAACCCGCGACGCUGCAUCCCGGACUUCGUGAACGCGGCAUUCGGCAAGGACGUGCGCGCGUCCAGCACGUGCGGCACUCCGGCGGCGCGCUACUGCGUGGUGAGCGAGAAGGGCGACGAGAGGACGCGCGACUGCCACACGUGCGACGCGACCGACCCGAAGAAGGCGCAUCCGGCCGCGUACCUCACCGACCUCAACAACCCGCACAACCUGACGUGCUGGCAGUCCGAGAGCUACGUGCAGCACCCGCAGAACGUCACCCUCACGCUCUCGCUGGGCAAAAAGUUCGAGGUGACCUACGUGAGCCUGCAGUUCUGCUCUCCGCGGCCCGAGUCCAUGGCCAUCUACAAGUCGAUGGACUACGGCAAGACAUGGACGCCUUUCCAGUUCUACUCGACGCAGUGCAAAAAGAUGUACAACCGACCGAGUCGCGCGGCCAUCACCAAGCAGAACGAGCAGGAGGCGAUCUGCACCGACUCGCACACGGACAUGCAGCCGCUCGCGGGCGGCCUCAUCGCGUUCAGCACUCUGGACGGCAGGCCGUCGGCGCACGACUUUGAUAACUCUCCCGUGCUGCAGGACUGGGUCACGGCCACUGAUAUCAAGGUGACGUUCAGCCGCUUGCACACGUUCGGCGACGAGAACGAGGACGACUCGGAGCUCGCCAGGGACUCGUACUUCUACUCGGUGUCUGAUCUGCAGGUGGGGGGCCGCUGCAAGUGUAACGGACACGCGUCGAAGUGCGUGCGCGACCGCGACGGCAACCUGGUGUGCGAGUGCAAACAUAACACUGCGGGACCCGAGUGCGACAGGUGCAAACCCUUCCACUAUGACCGGCCGUGGCAGCGCGCGACAGCCAGGGAGGCCAACGAGUGCGUCCCUUGUCACUGUAACCUACACGCUCGCCGCUGUCGGUUCAACAUGGAGCUGUAUAAGCUCUCAGGACGCAGGAGCGGAGGAGUUUGCCUCAACUGCAGACACAACACCGCCGGACGCCACUGUCACUACUGCAAAGAGGGCUACUACCGAGACAUGACGAAGCCCAUCUCGCACAGACGAGCCUGCAAAGCGUGUGACUGUCACCCAGUCGGUGCUGCAGGGAAGACCUGUAACCAGACCACAGGCCAGUGUCCGUGCAAGGAUGGUGUGACUGGUAUUACUUGCAACCGCUGUGCUAAAGGCUACCAGCAGAGUCGCUCACCCAUCGCCCCAUGCAUCAAGAUUCCAGUCGCAUCCCCCACUGCAACGUACAUCAGUCCUGAAGAACCAUCAGAUUGCGAAUCCCAUUGCAAGGCCUCCAAGGGCAAAAUGAAGGUCACCAUGAAGAAAUAUUGCAAGAAGGACUUUGCUGUCCAAGUUCAUGUGCUGAAGGGUGACAAGGCAGGCGAGUGGUGGAAGUUCACCAUUAACAUCAUCUCGGUGUACAAGCAGGGCGGGCAUCGCAUCCGACGUGGUGACCAGCUGUUGUGGGUACGUGCCAAGGACGUGGCCUGCAAGUGCCCGAAGAUCAAGCCAGGCAGGAAGUACCUGUUACUGGGCUCAGACGAUGAGGACUCACGUGGCCAAAGCGGUGUUGUGGCUGACAAGGCCAGCCUGCUCGUCCCCUGGAAGGACCAGUGGGCCCGUCGCCUCCGCAAGUUCCAGCAGCGUGACAAGAGGGGCAAAUGCUGAAGCAGCCAGCAACAGCAAUCAGCACAGGAAGAAGGGAGACAAAGGAAGGAUUGGAGGAAGGACCGAGUGCUGCUAAGCAGACUGAUAUUGCAAGCCUCUGGUAGAAACAGUUGUGAAGGAAUUCGGAUUUCACAGUUGUCUUCAGCCGUUUUUUUUUUUUUCCAGUUUAUUUCUUUUUUUUUUGUUUUGUAUUGUGGAUUUUGCAGAGUUUGCACCUAAUUUUACAUAUACAGUAUGUAAAGUCAUUUUUCCAGUGAUUGGUUUGGUGUCCCUCACUCUAUUUCUUUUUAUAGAGCUUGACAUUCUCUGUCCCUUUUUACCGAAUUAGCUACUGUCUCACAUGUCUGAGUUGAG